AUGAAGUCAGAGAACAACUCACAAGUAGCAGGAUUUAUACUACUAGGAUUUUCACAUGAACAAAAUCUGCAACCCCUCAUCUUUGGGAUUUUCCUCUCCAUGUAUCUUCUUACCGUCUUUGGAAAUCUGCUCAUCAUCCUGGCCGUCAGCUCAGACCCCCACCUCCACACGCCCAUGUACUUCUUCCUCUCUAACUUGUCCUUGGUAGACAUUGGUUUUGUCACCACCACUGUCCCCAAGAUGCUGGUGAAUAUACAGACAAGGAGCAAAGCCAUCACCUAUGAAGGUUGCAUGUCUCAGAUGUACUUUGUCAUGCUCUUUGCUGUGCUGGACAUCCUUCUCCUAACUGUGAUGGCCUAUGACCGUUUUGUAGCCAUCUGCCACCCCCUGCACUACACAGUUAUCAUGAACUCUCAGCUCUGUGGAUUGUUGCUUCUUGCGUCCUGGCUCACGAGUGUCCUGCAUUCCUUGGUAGAAAGCCUAAUGGUGUUGCAACUGUCCUUCUGUACUGAUGUGGCAAUUGCUCACUUUUUCUGUGAACUUAAUACCAUGGUCCAACUGGCCUGCUCUGAUACCUUUCUGAUGAAUGUGGUGAUGUAUAGUUCAGUCGUCUUGCUGGGGGUUGGGUCUUUUUCUGGAAUCCUUUACUCUUACUCUAAGAUCAUUUCUUCCAUACUUAGAAUUAAAUCAGCUCAGGGGAAGUCUAAAGCGUUUUCCACCUGUGUGUCUCACCUCUCCGUGGUCUCCCUGUUUUAUUGUACAAGCCUAGGAGUGUACCUGAGCUCUGCUGGUACCCACAGCUCACAGUCAACUUCAACAGCCUCAGUGAUGUACACGGUGGUCACCCCGAUGCUUAAUCCCUUCAUCUACAGUCUGAGGAAUAAAGAUAUCAAAGGGGCUUUGGGAACAUUUUUUGUGAAGGAGAUAGAAAAAUGA